GCGGCUCGCCGUUCCCUUGCUCACCUGACAAUGUGGUGGUCAUCGAUAUCAGGAUUCUUCCGCACGGUGCAUUCCUUCUGCUGUUGGUCAACAUCAGUCGACAGAUACAGCUCUGGUUUUACUAUGCCUGAGCACGGAGACCCUUCACCACCCGCUCGCGUUCCGUACAUCUUUCCUGCAGAAGGAACAAACGAGGCCGCGGAUGUCAUCAGAGAACGCAGAGGAGCGCGAGGUCUGAUAGAUCUGGACGGUGUAUUGAUGAAUGCGGAGCCUAUUGCACUCGGUUGGAACGAGCUUGCAGGAGCUAUAAGGACAAAGACUACCCUUCCCGCCGACCAAAUGGAACUAUUGAUCCUCCGCGUAGCCAUGCUCAACGGUUCGACUUAUGUUUGGCGAGCCCAUGCUCCGCUAGGUCUCGCUGCUGGUUUGACUUCCUCCGACCUGCACGCCAUUCGCACGGCGCCCCCUUUCUCAGCAUUGAGUACAAGCACCGCCCUCUCUCCCAUUUAUGUCGCAUUAUUGGACUACGCGGAUCAGAUGACACGCAAUGUCCUUGUCCCCGAACCUACUUUCUCAAGGUUGAAGGAGCUGUUAGGGAACGACAAUAGGAAAAUAGUGGAAGUGACGACGACGGUGGCUGGGUAUAAUUUCUCGACGAGGGUGUUGAGAGCUUUGAACGUAGCGGGAUUGGGUGAGGUAGAGGUGCCGGUCCCAGAGUUGGAUUAGUAUGCGUGUCCCGAGUAGGCUGCGGCAGGUGCAGCCGGACAUGGGCUCGUAUGAUAGUUUCCUGAAUAUGGUCCGAAUGACAUUGCAAGCGUGUCAUUAUCGUACAUGCGCCGCAUACUACAUGGAAAGUGC